AUCAUCACUAACCAGUUACCUCUCCACGUGUCAGAAAUCUGUCAAUUACUCGAUGUGCAGCCUGUUGAACAAUUAUUUACUGGCGAUGUUGCGAAUUCUGCAAUCGAACCACCAAAUGUUGUCGCUGUGUCGGACGAUCAGCUUGUCACAUCACCAAAAGCUGAUACCGUUCAACAACAAAAAAUGUAUACAGAAUGUUUUGGUUUCCUUGACAGCAUGAAAACUUCAGUGGCCGAUAUGCACACCAAACACUUUUUGACCACACUUUUGGCUGGCUUUGAUACUGGCAAAUUGAAACAUCUGUGUGAUCAAAUCGAACAAUAUAACAUGUGCAUUGCAAAGCAAUACCAUGUAAAAGACGGGUGUUACGAUAAAUGUAUGUUGGAAUUUAUUCGGACGAACCUGGAGAGUCGCGGGAUCACCACAGCGGUUGCCAGAUAUGGUUUUUCUGUUCUCCUGUUAAACGCAUACAACCGAGUCGCCGAUAGCAGCAAUCCAGAGGAUUUGAUAACCCUGGACAAGUUGACAGAGGAGAGUAUUCAACAUUUUGAAGCGCAUCCUUAUGAUAAAUAUACUGAUGACAUGACCGACAAGAUGAGGACCGACGAUUCGACGUGCGUGAAAAUGCACGACGAAAAGCUGUUUUGGGACGACCUACGUCCUAUUGUCGAGCGUGGUCAUUGGUAUACCACUAAGACCCUAGAGGUACAACUCAUGAACGUGGUAAAAAAGCACGAAGUGGAUCACUUGGUGGAAGUGCUAGACACGACAUUGUUCAGAUAUUGGAAGGGUAAGGUGGAAAAAGAUCAAAAAGAAAAAUGUAAAACUCCUAUUUCCCAAAACGAGUCGAGGAAGCGCCACUAUUUUGUACCUUAUAACACUGGUAAUCACUGGGUGUUGCUAAUCGUUGAUACCCAUUGUAAAAAGUGUUUCGUCUUCGACAGCUUAUAUGAACGCCGUGAUGAACGCCGGGAUGACAUUAUGUAUAUAUUCCAUUCAAUUCACGGCAACGAGUUCACGUUUUCCAAGUGCACGAAAAAAACCUGUCAUCAGAAGGACACUUAUUCCUGUGGACUUAUGUGCGUCCGACAUGCGGAGUAUUUCAUUAUGAGAUAUGUGUCAAGAGUCUGUCCAUGGAUUAUUGACGUCAUGGCACAACAUGAUAAUCCGACGCACUUGAACAACUAUUGGCUGCACAGAAAACACUGUUUAUACGAUUCAUCGAAAAUACAUAACCAAACUGACGACGAAAGCGAUCACACUAGCGAUAACGACUGUUUCAUUGUUGACUAACCAAAAUCGGACUCUAGUGAUGUGAUUUGAACCUGCCUGCGCCACGGGUACAAUGCUAGUAUUUAUAUAAUAUGUUUAGUCUGAAUGUUACGACCUGGUGAUAUGUAACUCGUUGUAUCUCUUUGUAUAUACAAAUGAGGCUGAUGCCCAGUGUUCGGCAGUGCCAUAUAGACACAGGUCAAGGAAUAACAACACCUUCGUAGC